UAUAUAUUAUUAUGAACUAAAUUAUUAAAAAGUCUUUCUAAUGCAAUAUAGCAAUAAACAAAAUUAGAAUAGAAAAAUAAUUAAAAAUAUAGAGAUGGAAAUGAUAUCAAAAUGCAUAAAAAAAUGACAUUAAUGUCAAAAUAAAGGGUGCGUCCAUUAGACGUUGACGUUUUAGAUUUCUUGGGAAAACCUUUAUAACAUAACCUUUUUUAGAGAGAUUAUUGCAAAUCUUGCAGAACAUCUGCCUAUUUUACAAUCAAUCACAAUUACUUAAGCAAAAAAUGUACGAGUUCCAAUGCGUUCAGUAAUAUGUACGCAUAAAAUAUGUUGAAAACAUAUCAGCCGUAAUAUUAAUGCCAUUAUGGCUUAAUUUUCAGCAGCAGUGCAGCUGAAAGAAAAGAAUAAACUAUAUAAAUUAAAGUUAAAUAGUGUAUAUUUAUUUCUGUCUCUAGUAUUUAGACUAAACAGAGCGGAUCGAUUGUAGCCAAUCAUAGCCAUCUUGUUGUGUAUGUUAAUAUAUUCAUACGUUGCCAAUGUUAAUAUAUUCAUACGAAGAUCCACGGUUGACAAAUGAAUACGGAAGUUUCGAAAUGUUUCGUCCACUUAUAGAUCUUGAAAUCUACAAGAGACGCCUCUAAUUACCAAAAAAACUUGCUAUAUGUUUUUUUCAUCAUUCAUCAUUUUUUUCAUAGAUACAAGAUACGUUAGGAGAUAUUUUGUGUAAUAUUUAUAUGAUCAUUUAUGCGUUUUUUGCACGCAUACUAGAUAUGUCUUCUUAAAUUAAAUAUUUUUCUAAUAUUAAAUUCUUUAAAUUUUGUUAUGCGUCAAAUUCAAUAUUAUAUAAUAUUCAAUAUUUAAUAUUAUAUAUGCGUCACAAUAUUCAAUAUUAUAUGUGUCAAAUUCAAUAUUAUUCCUUAAUAUUUUUAAAAACUUUUUAUCUUAAAAAACCGAUUAAAAAUAGCUCUUCGCACACAUAACAGCCACUCGUUCAGUUUGAGGAUACGUGACUUCAAUGAAAAUAUUUAACACACGGAAUGCGAUUACUCGCGAUAUAUCGUCCCUAUAUAAGAAACCUGUCUGAAGCCCCAUUGCAUUACAGAACGUUACAGUUGAACAUUACAGUACAGUAUGAGGAUUCUGCUGACACUCAUCAUCACCACCGCUUCGGUUUGUAGCGGUUAUACUUUCCUGGACAUCGUUAAAAACUACGUCCAACCAGUCAAAGAAAAUUCUGGAUUCACGAGUAGCGAGAAGUACGACUUCAUCGUUGUAGGAGCCGGAUCGGCAGGAUCCGCGAUAGCUAAUCGUCUGUCGGAGAAUAGGAAAUGGAAGAUCCUGUUAUUGGAAGCGGGAUUCCAGCAAAACCUACUCAACAGGAUCCCGAUAAUGGUUGGUUAUUUCCAAUUAACCGAUUACAACUGGGGAUACAAUGUAGAGCCGCAGAAGGACGCUUGUUUAGGAAUGAUCAAUCAGCAGUGCUCCUGGCCACGUGGCAGGGCCUUAGGCGGAACGAGUACUUUGAACUACAUGAUUCACACGCGCGGUAACAAGCACGACUAUGACACAUGGGCUAGUCUAGGCAACGACGGCUGGUCCUACAUGGAUGUUCUCCCGUAUUUUAAGAAAAGCGAAAGGUUCAAAGUAUCAGGUGUCAAGAACUCCGCGUAUCACAAUGAAGACGGCUAUCUGUGUGUAGAACACGCGCCCUACCACACGAAGCUGGCGACCGCAUACCUGAAAGCUGGUCAAGAGCUCGGCUAUGACGUCGUGGACUAUAACGGCCAGAAUCAAGUAGGUUUCUCAUAUAUUCAGGUGAACAUGGACCACGGAACGCGUUGCAGCGCGGCCAGGGCUUACCUCGACAUAAUCGAUCGCCCGAAUUUGAACAUCAUUACCGGCGCUAGGGUGACGAAAGUGCUAAUUGACGACAAAAAGCGCGCAUACGGUGUCGAAUAUGUCAAAAACGGCAUGUCAAAGCAAGUGUUAAGUACGAAGGAAGUCGUACUCUCGGCCGGUACGAUCGACUCAGCCAAAUUGCUGAUGCUUUCGGGGAUCGGGCCCAAGGAUCAUUUGGAGGAACUGGAUAUCCCGAUAAUACAGGACUCCAAGGUCGGCUACAAUAUGUACGAGCACAUCGGUUUCCUGGGACUGACUUUCCUGGUAAACCAGAGCGUGUCUCUGUUGCAAAGCAGAAUCACUCCCAGCGUGGCGCUGGAAUAUUUUCUAUUGAAGGACGGUAUAAUGACAGUACCAGGUGGCGCCGAGGCGUUGGCAUUCAUUAAGACUAAGUACGCUAUCGAUGAGAAACCGGACAUCGAGCUCCUAUUCGUAUCCGGUUCCAUACACUCGGACAACGGCAUAAUCCUGAAGAAGGCCCUGAGAAUCACAGAUGACGUGUACAAUGCGGUUUUUAAGCCUAUCGAAGGUAAAGACGCCUGGUCAAUCUGGCCCAUCGUCCAAUAUCCAAGAAGCAUCGGCCGUCUCACAUUAAAAUCGAAAAGCCCGUUCGAUCCGCCCAAGAUGGAUCCGAACUUCUUCAGCCAUCCGGCGGACCUCGAGAUCAUCCUGGAGGGAGUGAAACACGCUAUCAACAUUUCUAAGACCGAGGCUUUCCAGGCUUACGGCAGCCGACUGCACAACCUUAAAAUACCAGGCUGCCGACAGUUCGAGUUCGCUUCCGACGAUUACUGGAGAUGCGCCAUCAAGCAUCUGCCAUCUAUGAUGAAUCAUGAAGUAGGAACCGUGAAAAUGGGACCGCAGACGGAUCCUUACGCGGUUGUAGAUCCGCAGCUGAAGGUGUACGGCGUUCAAAGGCUACGAGUGGCAGACGCCUCGAUUAUGCCCACAAUACCCAACGGUCACGUAAACGCGGGUAUUUAUAUGAUCGGCGAGAAAGCCGCGGACAUGAUUAAGGAAACUUGGAAGAGUGCGGAAUGAGACACUACACGUACAAAGAAACUUGGGGAAUUUUGUUGGGAGUAAAACAGAAAACGACAUAAUCAUCGUGAACUAAAAAAAAAAAUGUGAAAAAUAUGUGAAAUUGUGAAAAUAUAUCGUCCCGUUCUCUCUAGGAGAGAAAUUCCGGCGAUUUUAAUGGACAACUUUACGUCGAUUUUUCCAGGACUAAAAUACACAGUAGCGACAAGUCAUGUUAUAAUAGGAAUAAACGUCUAAUAGUCGACACUCUAUCUGUUCUCAACACAUCUUGCGCGGAUAUUAUUAGAUAUACGAGGAUUUAAAAGAAAACCAAUAAACAAAUAAUAUAUAAUAAUUACUAAGUAAUUGGAAAAUAAUUAAUAAAUCCUCAUGCAUUUUAAUACUUGAUGAAAUUCGAAAAAAAAUGCCGAAAACAAGUGCUGAAAACGAAUGCCGGCUACUGGACGUUUUACUCUAAUAUUAAUCUUUUUCUACUAUUAUUUACAGCAAUUGCUCGACCAUUACUGAAUAUGCUGAAUACGUUUCUCUAUUAUUAUGUCUUUUCUGAAGUAUAAAAAGAGGUGCGCCUAAGCGCGGCAUGUGUAUCUUCAUUCGUGUGUGUGUGUGUGUGUGUGCGUGUGUGAUGUGUGUGCGGGUCCCUACUCGACGUAUAUACAAACUAUCAACAAAAAGCCGGAUAACAUGUAAUCUUGGAAUCCGGAAUGUGAAAGUUCAAAGUGUUAUCGACUGUCGAAUGACGAACUCACGCAAAUACGAAUGUGCGAAGUACGCUGCUAAGUUGAAGAGUAAUUCUCAUGCAACUUUUACUUCCGAUAUCGACGCAAAUCACAAGCGAUCGCACACAGAGAUUCUACAAGACAACGCAGUUCUGAUAUUCCUUGCAGUGUAAAUGUAGCGCAAGCGCGAUUAUAUCGAUAUACACUAUGUAAGAGGAAAAAUAUCUAAGAAAUAAAAGAAAUAUUUGUUCAGUGAGUAACAUAUUUACGUAUAUUAAUGUAUAUAUUUUUAUACUGAGGAAAUAUUUUUCAAAUAAGGAAAUAUACAUUCUCUUAAAACUAUAGCUUCUCAUAAAAACUAUUGUUUAUUUUAUUUAAAUAAAAAGAUUUAGGUUUAGUAAAUAUGUUAUUAGUACACCAAAUAUAAAUAUUAAAAAAGAUUUUUUUAGAUAUAUUUCUUCUCUCCGUGUAUGUAUCUCUCUAUCUCUGUCUUUCUAUUUCUACCUCGCGUUGUCCGUUGACACAAAAUGUCAAAAGGGUGAAAGAAGAGAGAGUACAGUGUUCAAUUUUCAUAAGGUAGUUUAAAUUUCCCGCAGAAACUUCGAAAAUAAUUAUGCAAGAGUUAGUCCAAAUCGAUCAAAAGUUUUAGGAGUUCGCUCGUUCGCUCGUUCUAUCUCCCUCUCCCUUCUCUCUUUUUGCGAGUCAACAAUUUAUAUUAUGGAACCAUUUUUCAAGCACACCAUCAGCAUCAAACUCGAGUUAUUACCGACUUAUUACUGCUGUUAUAGCCAGCAGUAAACAUUAACAUAGUGCGCAUAGUAGAAUGAUUGCCACUCAAGGAUAUUUAUUCUACACGGCCGGCCGUAUCGAUCGUACCGAUGCCACUGACACAAUUUUUUAAUCACAAGAAUUGCAUGCGUUUUUACACUAUAUUGUGUGCUACAUGUUCGCAAAUGCUCGCAAGUAAAUUGAUGAUGGGAGAAACGAUUAGAAGCGAGAAAAACACAAAUUGAAUAUCAUCCAAUAACAGACGAUGCUAUUGCCUGUCAACGGUACGUUUAAGUCGUGACGUAAAAGGGGGAGAUGAGUCAUAAUUCCUCUUCCCGCCUAUUUCCCAGCAAAAUCGGCGCGACGCGAAUAUAACGCUCGAAAUUCUAGAGGAAAAAUGUUUUGCUACGUUUUUAAAAGAAGUUUUUAAAAUCGAAGAAACUGUUUCUCGCAGAUCUCAUGACAUCAAUUUGAGCGUAUCGUACGCAGCAAAAAAUAGCGUGUUUCCAAUUAUUUCUUGAAACGUCAUACUAAGUAAAUAUUCAUACAUACUUGAAAAACAUUUUACGUGUUGCAUAUACAAGACUUAAUUACAAAAUUGUUGCGCAGAAUGGCUGAAUGAUGUGAUCAUUGUUAACUUCCUCUCACGUGUACAUAAUGUUACAUAACUAUUAUCUUCAAUAUAUGAUUUUAACAGAUUUUUCAUCUCGUAACAUGUUAUUUCUGCCGGCAAACUGCUUUUGCAAUAUAUUAAAAAGUCUAGAUUCAUGAUAAUAUGCUGAAUCCUAAUAGUAAUAAGAUAAAUUGUUACAAUCAAAUGUGGACGUGCAUGAUGUACUGAAAGAGACCCACUAAUCUGCAGUGCGUCAUCUGACAGUGAUAUACGCGAUGUAAGCUGAGCUGUUAGCUCGUUAGCUUGAGCAAGCGGCCGCGAUCUAAGAGUUAUUCAUUUUAGCAAGACGACUUUCAAGAAAACUUUCGAGGACGAUAGAAUCGUCACAAGAUUCGAGGUAAAGAGUAUCUAAUCGCACAAUCUCACAUAGGAAAACAAUCUCGAGAUAAUGAAAAUUAAUAAAUAAACACGUCUGUAUUUUAUCGCCUCGAA